UCCGGGUGUCGGGGCGUCCGUCGGUGCCACUCGGCCGCAGCCUUGGACGGAGCCGGGGCUUCUCGGGGCGUCCCUCGGGGGUCCAUCCAUCCACCCAUCUCUGCCACCCCAACGCCAUGUACACCGCGCUCCCCAAAAGUGGUUCCCCUUUCGGCCCUGCAGCCACUCUCCCGGGGCUGCACAUCUGGCGGGUGGAGCAGCUGCGGCCCGUGGAGGUCCCCGAGGCUGCCCGGGGGAUUUUCUUCUCCGGGGAUUCUUACCUGGUGCUGCACAACGGGCCAGAGGAGCGCGCCCACCUCCACCUGUGGAUGGGCCGGGACUCCUCGCAGGACGAGCGGGGCGCCUGUGCCCUCCUCUCCACCCAGCUGAGCUCUCUGCUAGGCGAGCGCCCCGUCACUCACCGUGAGGUGCAGGGCAACGAGUCUGACCUCUUCAUGGAGUACUUCCCCCACGGCCUCACCUACCAGGAAGGUGGUGUGGCCUCAGCAUUCAAGCCCACCCAGCCCAGCCCCAGCCCUGGCCCUGCACCCAAACUGUACCAGGUGAAGGGCAAGAGGAAGAUCCGGGCGAGUGAGCGAGACCCAGCCUGGGCCAGCUUCAACACCAGGGACUGCUUCCUCCUCGACCUGGGACAGACCCUUUUCGUGUGGUGUGGGGCCCGGAGCAACGUCCUGGAGCGCAGCAGGGCGCAGGAGCUGGCUGUGGCCAUCCGGGACAGCGAGCGGGGUGGCAAGGCACGCCUGGAGAUCGUGGUGGACGGCGAGGAGCCACCCGAGAUGGUCCAGGUGCUGGGCCCCAAGCCCCCCUUGCAGGAGGGCAGCCCCGAGGAGGACGUGGCAGCUGACCGGAGCAACACGGGGGCAGCCGUGCUCUACAAGGUGUCGGACGUGACGGGGCGCAUGGACCUGACCCAGGUGGCCGCUGGCAGCCCCUUCAGCCAGAGCCUGCUCUGCCCCGAUGACUGCUUCGUGCUGGACAACGGCGCUGGCGGGAAGGUCUACGUCUGGAAAGGGCGCAAGGCCAAUGAGCAGGAGCGCCGUGCAGCCCUCAGGGUGGCCGAGGAGGUGAUCGCCCGCAUGGGCCACCCGCCCCAGACACAGGUGGAAAUCCUACCCCAGGGCUGCGAGACGCCCCUCUUCAAGCAGUUCUUCACCAGCUGGAAGUGAGCAGCAGGUGCCCAUGGGGCCAGUGCCCAGUCCAGGGUGUCACCAGGCUUAUGCUGGCUGUGCCAGCUCCCUGCAAUGCUUGUGCCCUGCUCAGCCAUCCCUAUGCCUGUGUCUUUGCCCAUCCCAUCCCCAUGCCAUUGUCACUCACAUCCUUGUGCAUCACAUCCUUGACAACCCAUGCCAAGCCCAUGCCAUCUCCAUUGCUGUGCUAUCCCUGUGCCUUUGCCCACCCCGUGUCCUUGCCACAACCGUCUCCUGCCAUCCCCAAGCCCGUGUCAUCCCCCUUCCUGUGCCAUUCCCUGUGUCAUCCCCAUCCCUUUGCCCCUCCCAUGCCCACAUCAUCCCUGUCCAUCCCUGUGCCAUCCCCAUGUCCACAUCACUUCCUUCCCCAUCCCUACCUCAUCCCCAAGUCCAAGCCAUCUCCUUCUUAUGCCAACCGCAUCCCAUGCCAUCCCUCCUCCACACCAUCCCCAAACCCAUGUCAUCCCUGCCCCUGUGCCAUCCUGUCAUCCCCACUCCUUUGCCCACCCUGUGCCUACCUCCAUCCCCAUCCCUACACCAUCCCAAGCCACGCCAUGCCCACAAUACACCUUCCCCCUGCCACUGCUGCCAUAACUGGGCCACCUGCACCCCUGACCACCUUCCUGAGUGUGCCUGUGCCACGCUGUGCCCACCCCGUGCCCAUGCAUCUCACCCCUUGCCCAGGGCCCCGGAGAAUAAAGGGACAGUGCCACA